CGAGCGACAGCGUAGUGUAAACACACAGGAUGGCUGCUUCUAACAGGACGUGCUCAGGAACUAUGUCUCUUCCCACACAAAGACAUCGGUAUGUGUGGACUUCCUUUGCUCUCCAUGGUUUAUUAGAAAAAGUAAGAGAGUUCCGAGUGUUGUGGGAUCACACGGAUGAACUUUUUAAGAAAACUACGCUUAAAAAGUGCAAAUGGGAGGAAGUUACGAGAGCCCUGAAAUCUGAAUUUCCCGACCUUAGCGAUGCUGGCUUAACUGCAGAUGAUGUCCAAAGAAAAUUUGGCACGCUGAAGUCGACUUUUCAGCGGGAAUUACGAAAAAUCCAGUGCACACCAAGUGGGUCAGCUGGUUCCGUGGAGCCGAAAUGGGAGUAUUUCAAGAGCUGCUCCUUUAUGAUCCCAGUGAACAGUUGCACUCCCAGAAGGACAUCAUUUGAUACCUCUGAACCACAGGAACCAGAGACUAUAGUGCUUUCCAUAUCAAGUGAACACUAUGAAGAGGGAACAUCCAAUAGUAAUUGGGGUGAGAGUAAUGGUGCACAACCACAGGUGUGCAACAUCCCAGACCUAACGCCACCCCAAACACGGUCUACUUCAUCAUUGUCCGUGCAUAGUGACAGUUAUUUUGAUGGAACCCAUGCAUCUACUCCAUCCUCCUCCUCCUCUUCCAUUUCCCAGAGAUCAGAUACAAGGAUUGUUAAAGUUUUGCAAGACCAUCCUGUUGAUUUCGAUAAUUUAGGUGGUUAG